AAAGAAAGGUAUUGGAUUGCUAGGAGGUGUACAAGUGAGGACAGACCUCAUGGAUUCCUUAUCCAAAGGGCUAAUGCUUUUACAAUAGAAUCCUUUCAAUCCUUUGUUGCUCGUUUCUCUUAGCACUAGACUAAAAGAAAGAAACUCGUUUGCAAAUCCUGUUCAAAGUUCAAAAAAGAAAGACGAUGCUCCAUCUCCAAUACCACCGAAUGGCAUAGCAAACGUCAUCAACGAGCAUGUUUUCAUCGGAAUUUCUCCCUCAGAGCCUCCAUUUCACCAAUCCAUUAUCGAAGCCAACAAUUCCCCAAUCACAUUCAGAUUCCAUCCCCACUCGCAGAUUUUCAAACAAAACCUACCUCAGAAAUGUCACUUCUUCUGCUGAAUCUAGACAACCCCAUUUCCCUAAUCUCGAUAACAGAGAUGCCCAUUUGAUGAAACUCCUUAACAGGUCCUGCAGAGCUGGGAAGCACAACGAGUCCCUCUAUUUUCUCGAAAGCGUGGUGAGUAAAGGCUUCAAACCUGAUGUUGUGCUCUGUACUAAACUCAUUAAAGGGUUUUUUAAUUCUAGAAAUUUGAAGAAAGCUGUGAGGGUUAUGGAGAUUUUGGAAACUUAUGGUGACCCUGAUGUUUAUUCUUACAAUGCUAUGAUCAGUGGGUUCAGUAAAGCCAACCAAAUUGAUUCUGCAAACCAGGUGUUUGAUAGAAUGCGCAGCAGGGGUUUUUCUCCUGAUAUCGUUACUUACAAUAUAAUGAUUGGGAGUUUGUGUAGUAGGGGGAAGCUUGAGCUUGCUUUUGAAGUUAUGGAUGAGCUUUUGAAGGAUGGGUGUAAGCCAUCUGUGAUUACUUACACAAUUCUUAUAGAAGCAACAAUUCUUGAAGGUAGAAUAAAUGAAGCUCUUGAGCUGUUUGAUGAGUUGCUGUCGAGGGGCCUCCGUCCUGACUUGUAUACAUACAAUGCCAUCAUUCGAGGUAUUUGCAAGGAAGGAAUGGAGGAUCGAGCCGUGGAUUUUGUUCGAGAUUUAUCCGCUAGAGGGUGUAAUCCAGAUGUGGUAUCAUACAAUAUUCUGCUGCGUUCUUUUCUAAACAAAAGCAGGUGGGAAGAUGGGGAGAAGCUUAUGAAAGACAUGGUUUUAAGUGGCUGUGAGCCAAAUGUCGUUACUCACAGCAUUUUAAUUAGUUCGUUUUGUCGAGAAGGGAGAGUAAGGGAAGCCGUGAAUGUGUUGGAGGUGAUGAAGGAGAAAGGGUUAACCCCGGAUGCAUAUAGCUAUGAUCCACUGAUUUCUGCCUUCUGCAAAGAAGGGAGAUUGGAUUUAGCAAUUGAGUAUUUGGACAAAAUGGUUUCUGAUGGUUGUUUGCCUGAUAUUGUAAACUACAAUACAAUUUUAGCUACACUUUGUAAAUUCGGUUGUGCUGAUCUUGCUUUAGACAUCUUUGAGAAGCUGGAUCAAGUGGGUUGCCCUCCAAAUGUGAGUUCCUACAACACAAUGUUCAGUGCACUUUGGAGCUGUGGGAACAAGAUCAAGGCUCUGGAGAUGAUAUCAGAAAUGAUAAGAAAAGGAAUUGAUCCCGAUGAGAUAACAUACAAUUCUCUGAUCUCGUGCUUGUGUCGGGACGGGUUGGUUGACGAGGCUAUUGGAUUGUUGGUAGACAUGGAAGCUACCAGCUUCCAGCCGACAGUGAUCAGCUUCAACAUUGUGCUUCUGGGGAUGUGUAAAGCACACAGGGUUUUUGAAGGCAUUGAGUUACUAAUAACAAUGGUUGAAAAAGGUUGCCCACCGAAUGAAACUAGUUAUGUCUUGUUAAUCGAGGGGAUUGCUUAUGCCGGUUGGCGAGCAGAGGCUAUGGAGUUGGCUAACUCUCUGUACAGAUUGGGAGUUAUUUCUGAAGAUUCUUCCAAGCGUUUGAACAAGACAUUUCCAAUGCUUGACGUUUAUAAAGGGCUAAGCUUAUCAGAAAGCAAGAACCAACUCUUGCAAAGCUGAUGUUGACUAUAGAAUUUUCAACUUUUGUCUAUUUUGUUUUUUGUUUUUUUUUUUUUUUGUUUUUUUUUUUUUGUGUAAUGCUUUAAAAGGAAAGUGAUUCUGAUUUUAUUUCUGUUGA